AUGGCUUUCCUUCCCCCUUGGGCCUGGGUACUAGCUUGUUUCUUGUCUGUUUCUUUAGCAGGGUCUGAUUUGUCAGAUCUGUAUCCCCCUCUGUGGGUGAAGAGUGCUGGUCAGUUCAGUGACUACAGGGUAGAAAAUGGAAAGUACAUUAUUGAUCCCUGGGUAUACUCUGAGAGAAUGGGGAUGUAUAAAAUCCUAGUGAAUAAGACAGCCAGUUAUUUUGAAAAUCUUGUAGCAGACAAUGAACAAAAUAUUUUAUGGGGAUUACCUCUCCAGAAUGGCUGGCAAUUUAGAACAGGAAGAUUAGCUGAUCCCAGCCGAAGGAAAGACUGUGGCUAUGAAUCUGGAGAUCUUUUGUGUAUCUCUGUGGACAGUUGGUGGGCUGAUAUGAAUUACUUUCUGUGUGCAUUACCCUUCCUUGCUGCGGUUGACUCUGGCAUAUUGGGAAUAUCAUCAGACAAUGUCAUGCUUUUGCCACCGCCCAAGGAUCAGACAAAGUUUUGUCUUAAUGUUUCUAGUUGUCAGUCAUCCUUUCCUGAAAUAAUGAGCAAGUGGAAUGCCUUUUACCAGCAUUUACAGUCUCCUUCUAGUAGCUUUGAAGACCUGUUGAAGUACUUCUGGGCUGCACAUGUCUCAACCUUGGAGAAUGCUGGUAAAUUAUUUGAAGAUAGGUUGGAGUAUUAUUCUAAACCAGAAGCAAAUUUUGGAAGAAAUUGGUGUGUGGCUGUGAAAUAUUUAGCUGCAACUCUCUUUCCUACAACUCUGAUUAGAACAAAUGAAUUCCAGAAGGGGCUGCCACCACGAAUGCUUGUUAAUGGAGAUAGAGCCCCCUUCAUCAGCGACUUUACUGACUUUCAGAACAUUGUCCUGCUUGUUCUAAAUCUUCUUUCCAGAAUGAAUAACUCUCCAGUUUCAAGAUUCAAGCCUGAGGCCAGCCACCCCUUUUGCUGCCCCGAACGUAACCAGAAGGUUGUUACUCUCUACUCUUCUGCUGCACUGAUCGCUACUUCCUCCUUUCUUCGAAUGAGGACAACUGUUGGCAGAAGUCUUGGCACACCUUCAACUACUGGGGCCGUUAAAAACAAAGAAACCUGCUUGGACAAUCAGAAAGGAUUGAAAGACAACAAAGAACAAGGGCAGCAUUGA